AUGGCCAGACAACGGCGGCCCCCCAGCCCAACGCGCUACUGCACUUGCCGCGAGCCCGACGACCACACGCCGAUGAUCGCCUGCGACGGCGGCUGCGACGACUGGUACCACACGCGCUGCGUCGGUCUGGAAGCAGAAGACUUCCAGCGCAUCAGGGAGUACAUCUGCCCGAAGUGCGAAACGGAGACGAAGAAGACGACGUGGCUGCCACGGUGCCGGAGGGAGGGGUGUAAGCGGGCGAGGGAGCCUGGGAAGGGGAGGUUGUUUCCGAAGUACUGUUUUGGGUGCGCGAAUGAGGUGGUUGAGCGGGGGAAGGAGGAGUAUGUGAGGGCGGUUUGGGAGAGGGGGUUGUAUUGGGUGUAG